CACUCGUCCCUCAUGAACGAAACGCACACAUACAGUCAUAUAGUUGCGGCUGAAUUUUUGUGAAAGGAAGUUGUAGCGCCGCGCAGUGCAUUUUUUUCUGUAACAACAACAACAACAAGAACAACAACAACAUCAUCAUCUCUACCUACAACAAGAAAAAAUUCAGACAGUGCGCUCCCACAAUAAGAACAACAACGACGAGAACAAUUACAGAAAAGAAGAGAGCGAGAGACAAGUACCGUUAGAAGAACUUAACGAAAGAACUAUGAGUGUCGUCUGAGAGAGAGCGUACGCCAGAAGAAGACAACAACAACAGCAACAGCAACAACUGCAGCCGCACCAGACGAACAACAACUACCGCAAUUGACAACUAUCGUAGAGAGUCUCCGCUCUCAUUUUGAAUGUGUGUGGGGUGGUCCGUUCGCCGCAAAGAUAUCAAGUAGCAGUGGGAGAGACAGAGAGAGAGUGAGAUUGACGACCGAACGACAAGCAACUUAACGGCACCUAUCAGCAGCAGGCCAGCUGAGAGCGCUGAGCGCCAGAGGCAGGAAACAAGCAGCUCUCUCUGCAACUCUCAACAGCUUAACCCCCACCACCACCCCAUCCUACGCCAACCCCCCACACACGCACACAAACCAUCACAGCAGCAAGUGAACGGUAUAUUUUUUUUUUGCUAGAUCGAUAUAACAGAUAUCGAUAAACGUCUAUAUAUAUAUAUAUAUAUAAUUAUAUAUACCAAGAGAAAGAGCACGCGGAGUAUUUUGUUGAAAAAAUACUCGUGCCCCAAACACACUCAGGAUAUGUACGGCAACAAUAAUCCGGGUAGUAACAAUAAUAACGGUGGUUAUCCCCCAUACGGUUACAACAAGUCGAGACAUCUCUUUCCACAGCCAAGGAGUAGCAGGAGUAACAGCUUGCCCCCCUAGCGAAAUGCAACGCGGAACCGCUUUCGAUUCCGGCGGAAGCGAAAAGACAAACGAUACUCUUAGAUAGAUACACCUAUGCACCACCCAUGCAUGUAGUAGACAUUUUUUGUUGUCGCCCGAUGAGGGCCUGAUUGAUCGCAUUGCGGGGGUCGGCUGAGACAGAAAUGUUCAUGAAACGGGGACGCAUCGAACGCCUCGGUGGGCGUGGAUUUGGCAUGUCGCAUUCAUUGCCAUCUGGAAUGUCACGUUAUGCGUUCUCACCACAGGAUACAGAAUUCUCAUUUCCAAGUUCCUCGUCCCGUCGCGGUUACAAUGAGUUUCCCGGCGGCGGUGGCAUUGGCAUCGGCGCCAAUGGCGGCAGUGCCAAUAAUCUUGGCGGCAACAUGUGCAACCUGCUGCCAAUGACCAGCAACAAUUCGCUUAGCAAUCUAUGCGGACUGUCGCUGGGCAGCGGCGGCAGCGAUGAUCACAUGAUGAUGCACGAUCAGCGAUCCAGCAACACCAAUCUGAUUGUGAACUACUUGCCCCAGGACAUGACUGAUCGCGAGCUGUACGCCCUAUUCAGAGCCAUUGGACCCAUCAACACGUGCAGAAUCAUGAGAGACUAUAAGACUGGGUACAGUUUUGGCUAUGCUUUCGUGGACUUCACGUCGGAAAUGGACUCACAGCGCGCCAUCAAAGUUCUGAAUGGCAUUACGGUGCGCAACAAGCGGCUAAAGGUUUCUUAUGCUCGUCCUGGCGGUGAAUCCAUCAAGGAUACCAAUCUGUAUGUGACCAAUCUGCCGCGCACAAUUACCGAUGAUCAGCUGGACACGAUCUUUGGCAAAUACGGUUCCAUUGUGCAGAAGAAUAUCUUGCGUGACAAGCUGACCGGUCGGCCGAGGGGCGUGGCAUUUGUGCGCUAUAACAAGCGGGAGGAGGCACAGGAGGCCAUCUCGGCACUGAACAAUGUCAUACCCGAGGGCGGGUCCCAGCCGCUGUCUGUGCGCCUGGCCGAGGAGCAUGGCAAGGCGAAGGCGGCGCACUUCAUGUCACAGAUGGGCGUGCCAGCGCCGAAUGCACCACCGCCGCCACCACCACCACCGCCGCAUAUGGCGGCCGGCUUCAACAACAUGGUUCACAGAGACGGAGCUAUGGAAAAAUUACGCUCAUUAUUCGAUGCUAUAUGCGAUGCUAUCUUUGGUCUCGAUAGUGACAACUUUGCCGAUUUGCUUGACGGACUGUACCGUAGGAAGUACCAUUAUCCCUACUUAUAAUUGACACCCCAUCAGCAGC